CGCAUACAUCAGCGGUGAGCAAUCCCCACAGUGAAUUUUCAACGCGAUUUUGCAGAGCUUCCGCGUUGAAACCAUCCAACCCCCUUAACCUUAAAUUCGUUGUCUUCACUUCCUUCCUUCCUUCGCGUGUGAUUACAUUUUCUUCUUCUGCAGGACCAAAUUGAUAUACAAGAUCAUUGUUUUAGAGAGAGAGAGAGAGAGAGAGAGAGGAUGUUUGGUUCAAAGAAAACUCCUCUGAGAGAUGCUAAACCUACCUCUGUUGACCAUGCCCAUAACCCCUUUGAUUCUGAUGAAGAUACAAAAGAUAACAAGUAUAAUUCUUCUAAGAAGACUUUGACCAACACCAACCCCUUUGAUGAUGAUCAUGUUGAUGCCACUGGCCACUCUUCAUCAUCUUCUUAUGGCCUUUCGUCUACCCAUCGAAAUAGGUAUAAGAACGAUUUCCGCGACUCAGGGGGGUUGGAGAGUCAAUCUGUGCAGGAAUUGGAGAACUAUGCUGUUUACAAGGCUGAAGAGACGACAAAUUCAGUGAACAGUUGUUUAAAGAUAGCUGAGGAAAUGAGAGAGGAUGCUACCAAGACUUUGGUGAUGCUGCACCAACAGGGUGAGCAGAUUACAAGGAGUCACCAUGUUGCUGCUGAUAUUGAUCACGAUUUGAGUCGGGGAGAAAAGCUGUUGGGAAGUCUUGGUGGCAUGUUCUCCAAAACUUGGAAACCUAAGAAGACAGGCACGAUAACUGGCCCUGUUGUUUUUGGAGAGGAUCCAGUGAGAAAGAAGGGCAACCACUUGGAGCAAAGAGAGAAGUUAGGAUUGACUUCUGCCCCUAAAGGGCAGUCAAAGUCACGUACAACACUUUCUGAGCCAUCAAAUGUGCUUGAAAAAGUUGAGGUUGAAAAAGGGAAGCAAGAUGAUGCACUGUCAGAUUUAAGUGAUCUCUUGGGAGAACUGAAAGGCAUGGCCAUUGACAUGGGAUCUGAAAUUGGGAGCCAAAACCAAGCCUUGGAUGGUUUUGACAAUGAUAUGGAGAAGUUGAUCGUCCGCGUGAAUGGUGCUAAUCAACGUGGUCGUCGUUUGCUUGGGAAAUAGGGGUGUAUAUCAUGAGAUCGAUACUAAUUUUUACUAUGCAUUAGUCAAUCAAAGGAGCUUCCAAUGUUCCAGGAUACUGAUUUCAAAUAUAGUAAUGUACAAUACGCUUGUGAAAUUUUUUUCUCUGAAAUAUGUAUAGUAUUGGUUGAUUUGAGAUUAUUUAUGAUUCAAAUUUUCUAUCGUCAAUAUGGUGAUUCCUACUC